AAAAGAAAAAGAUUCGGACAUGUUGAUGAAAACCGCAAACAUCUGAAACCAAUAGUCCAACAUGUUCAGUGUCAUUGGAUGAUGACAACUAUUUAUCCUGGGAACUCUAAUUCCCAUUCAGGUUCUGGACUUUAACAUACCGGGUGAAAGAAAAUCUGAAAAGUGUUCCAAAGCUCUUUCAAAUUGAGUUGCGAGUGAUUGGGUUUGGAUUUUGGGUUACUUUCUCUAGAUUAAGGAGGGAAAAAAAUGAUGGAGGUUGUGAUUGUUGCAGUUGCUGCUACACUUGGGAAUCUACUCAUAGGAUGGGAUAGUUCAACCAUUGCAGGGGGCAUAACCUACAUAAAGCAGGAAUUCAACUUGGAAGAGGAUCCAACACUUGAAGGGCUAAUCGUGUCCAUGUCGUUUAUAACGGGUACUAUUGUGACAAUAUUCUCUGGGACAAUCUCUGAUUUGGUUGGACGACGUCCUAUGUUGGUAGCAGCUUCUAUUAUGUAUUUUUUUAGUGGUUUGGUGAUUUUGUGGGCUCCUAGUGUUGUUGUUGUUCUGGUGUCUAGGAUGCUUGUUGGGGUUGGAAAUUCUCUUGCUGUUACUCUUACUCCUCUCUACAUAUCUGAGACAGCACCAGCUGAUAUCAGAGGCCAAUUGACCACUCUUACACAGUUUGCUUGUUCUAGUGGAAUGUUUUUGGCUUACAUCCUUGUGUUCUCAAUGUCCUUCAUGUACUCACCUAAUUGGAGAAUCAUGCUUGGCGUUAUUUCAAUUCUUUCUGUUGCUUAUUUUCUUCUUGCUAUGUUUUACCUGCCCGAAUCUCCUCGGUGGCUUGUGAGCAAAGGUCGAAUCCAUGAGGCUGAAAAAGUUCUGCAAAGACUUCGUGGUGCUGAAGAUGUUUCAGGAGAGUUGGCUUUGUUGGCGGAGGGUCUCAGUCCUGGAGGUGAAGCCACUUCCUUAGAAGAGUAUGUAGUUGCCCCAGCCAGUGAGCUCCUUGUUAAUCAGGAAGCAGCGAAAGAUUAUAUAAAGUUAUAUGGACCCAAUGAGGAAGUUACAAUGGUUGCCCAGCCAGUGAAUGGACAGGGUAGCUUUGCAUCUCGCAGCAUGUUGUCCCAGCAAGGAAGCUUUGCAUCUCAGGCUGCUGCUGGUCUUAAGGAUCCUAUUGUCACACUCUUUGGAAGUUUGCAUGAGAAUACUCUCCCUGAGAGUGGAGGUUCACGCAGUAUGCUAAUUCAUAAUGCUAAUAGUAUCUUUAGUACGGGAGAUCCACCGGCCAGCCCCUUUGGUACCAGUGACAACCUGCGCGCUCCGCUAAUGUCAUUUGGAGGUGCUGCUGCUGAGAAGGCUUAUGGAUCCAAGGACAUGUUAGGUAUGAGGAGCACUAGCAGCCUGAGAAGUAAUAGCAGUUUGGUUCAUGGGAAUGCUGUCGGAACACCUAAAAGUACAAACAUUGGUGGAGGCUGGCAAUUGGUUUAUAAAUCAGCUGAUGGUGCUGGGGAUGGGAAAGGAGAAGGACUCCAAAGGGUUUAUUUGCACGCAGAUCCUGCCGCAAUAUCUCACUCUCAACAUGUUUCAUUUGUUUCAACUUCUGGCUAUGACAUACCUAUAGACGAUGGUGAAGCUUUUCAGGCUGCCGCUCUAGUCAGCAGGUCAGUUCUAGGUACUAGUGAUAUGUUGCAUAUGCCAGAAGUUGUUGCAAAAGGUCCAAAUUGGAGAGGUCUGCUAGAGCCGGGGGUCAAGCGUGCACUAAUUGUUGGAAUAGGACUUCAAAUUCUUCAACAGGCUGCUGGCAUAAAUGGAUUUCUAUACUAUGCUCCCCAAAUUCUUGAGGAGGCAGGAGUAGGGUCUCUUUUAUCUAAUUUGGGCAUUAGUUCAACAUCUGCUUCUUUUCUUGUUAACAUCAUUACAACAUUCUGUAUGCUUCCUUGUAUAGCUAUUUCCAUAAGGCUGAUGGAUAUUGCUGGAAGGAGGUCAAUCAUGCUGUACACAAUACCCAUUUUGAUAGUUUGUCUCCUGGUACUAGUACUCCGGGAGUUAUUUAACAUGAGUUCUGUCCUCAAUGCAGCAAUCACUGCUAUUAGUGUUAUUGUCUACGAAAGUUGCUUCUGCAUGGGUUUUGGUGUAAUUCCCAACAUCAUAUGUGCAGAAAUCUUCCCAACUAGUGUCCGCGGAAUCUGCAUUUCUAUGUGUUCCCUUACAUAUUGGUUUUGUACAUUGAUCAUCACUUUAACAUUUCCCUAUUUGCUCCAGCUUCUUGGUCUUACUGGUGUCUUUGGAUUAUUUGUUGCUGGCUGCAUCAUUUCGUGGAUAUUUGUCUACUUGAAAGUUCCUGAAACAAAGGGCAUGCCUUUAGAAGUCAUUAUUGAGUUUUUUGCUAUUGGUGCAAAGCCUGGUACUGAUCCUGCCACAAUAGGAAUUAAAGUCUGACCUGUCUUAGUGAUAUCGUCGUCGUCGUCGUCGUCAUAAGAAGAAGCAGCAUUAUUGAUCAUUGUUAAAUUUGGAAGUUUAGUUGGUUUUGAUUCCCUCAAAAGUGGGUUGAAAAGAUUUGGUGGAAGAUUGAAACUAUUUGGCGUUUGAAUACAUAUCAGCAUCAAGCUUUUUAUUUUUUUGGUUGUAUUUUGAGGAGAAAUGAAUAUAAUAUAGUAAUUUAUUUACACAUAAUAUGAGUACGAUUCAUGUUUAGAGUAUUUUUUGUGUUAUUUUCA